CAAUGACUUGUACGGAUUACUGCCUGUGACUUGGGAUACUAAAUUUCUAGCUUCAUCGCCUGUAUGCACGAAGUGCUCGUAUCCGUGUUGUUCGGGCGAGGGAAAACCGAUCAACUGGUCAGCUAAUUUGCUAUUGACCUGCUUCAUUGGGUAGUGCUCGCAGUGACUCCGCCCCUGUCGUCAGCAAUAAACAAUCACCUAUCCUAUAGAGGAGAAAAAUUAUGGGAAAUGGAUGGUAUUUUUGGCUCGCGUCAUCACGUCAAUACGCCAAUGUAUCAUUUACUCUGGUCUAUCGUAAAUCGCACUCAUCUUGUCACUAGACGCGAUGGCGCAGCGAGGUUUUGACUUCUCUAAUUAUACCUGAGGGGAAUUGAUUAGAUUGUUUGUCGUAAAGUAUGAUUUUCUGGCUGACGGCUGACCAAAUAAAAAUACGGCUCCAACGGACGUUCCCGUACAUGGGCGUAAUCCUUCAAUAAAGAAAUAGAAAAUGGAUAAUUGAACGACAUUCCUUCGACUGAAUUAUCCAAUACGGCAAAGCACAUUGAGGCUCAGAGGGCGUGGAAUACGAGAUGCUCCAUCGAGAUUAAGGAAUCAUGCGCUAGGACCCUUGCCGAUCAACAUGGUUCCCGAACAGCUUGGUAUGAGCUUGGCCGGCGAGGUCACCAAUAGUUCCAUUUUGUUGGAGUCUUAAUUUUCCUACAGGAUUUACCGUUACAUUCUAGGCAGAAGUUGCAGCUAUGCCGCUUGUAGGUUCUGAGCGGCCCAUAGUGUUGAAGAGUUACAUGGGUUGAGCUCGGUGGAUCGGUCGAACACGGCAGCUUCGAGGUGCCCAAAUGGUACUCUGAAAUAGUUAUAUGAUGUGAAAUCCUGCGCUUUGUAGAAGCAGUCAAUUGCUCAUUCAGUCGUUUCUCUUGUGGAUUUCCAGUGGCAAUUCCUUCUCCAUUGUUCUGUUGAAGAUCUUCUCUUUCCUGAUUUCGUUUCUUGUAAAAGUUAUAAUGGGUCGACCUGCUUUCCUCUCACCGCAUGGAAAUCCCCAAUCCUAUCGUGGUACAUGGUCGCCACCCUUCUCGCCGCUCUCUCCAAGAACUCCACGAUCGCCAAGAUUUUACGAUGACCGUAAAAAAGACAGCGAAGAGCCUGAGGAGGAGAUUAUCAUAUCUGCCUUUGAAAAGUUCUUGAACUUCUUGGGAUGCAUGGCGGCUGCAGUCGUCUAUGCCUACUUGCUGCUUUACUCCAAUCACCUCUGGACCAUUGACACUGGUGCCUCCAUCUUCCUAGCAGAGUACUGCGGGUGGUCCAACGAGAAGCUUCGCAAGAAGAGCACUGGCGAUGACCAAUUGCACAAUGAGAAGAGCGACGACUUGAGUCUGGCGGAGAAGGGCGGAUACUUUCUGGAUGCAAAGAGCGAUUACGAUGAGGCAAAGCUAGGAUGUAUAGCUGCCGUCGUCGGAUACCGCGAAGAUCCUAUCAUCUUCAACAAAGCUCUCGAAAGCUACCUGCAAGCCGACGGAUGUCGCUUCAUGCUUGUAUGCAUCGACGGGAACAGCCUAGAGGACCAGGAAAUGGUCGACAUCUUCCAAAAGGUAUUCCCUACCGAUUCCGCCAUUCUUGACAUCUCCAUCCCCUUCGUAGAGAUCGCCCUCCAAAUGGACCGCGACAAACCGAAAUGGCAACCCGACACCGAGCUCAUCUCGAAAUGCGUAUCCCUCGCCAAACUCAAGCUCUCCGAAAAUGAUAUCCACCUCACCGGUCCGGACGCCAUAAAACGGCUAUGUGUAACACAACCACACAUGCACAAGAAAGGAGUCAUGUUUACUUCCUUCAUAGUCUCCCUCGCCAUAUCCGAGCUCCUUGGGAUAGACUAUCUGUGGACGUCUGAUUCCGAUAGCAUUGUGUAUGAAGGCACCCUACGGAGGACAAUUGAAACAAUUGCGGGCGAUAAGAGGUGUGCUGGGGCCAGUACGGCGUUGGCGAUUCAUAACAAGGAUGAGACGCUUGUUACGAAGUUGGGGAAUACGGUGUUCUUGAACGAGUUACAUCUUUCGAGAUGUUUUUCGAGUGCGUUUGGAGCGAAUGACUGCCAGAGUGGGCCUUGUGCGGCGUUUCGUAUUGAUGCGUUGAGGUCGGAGUUGUUGGAGUGGUAUAAACAGAGGGUUUGGGGGCAUUGGAUGAUUAUCAAUGAAGACAGACACCUCACAACCCGUCUUCUCCUCCUUGGCCAUCGAAUCCGCUUCAUCUCUCACGCCAUCACUGCUACCGAAACACCUGUAUCGCUUCGUCGAUGGUUACUCCAACAGGUGCGCUGGGCACGCUCCGUCCACAUUGAAUCCUAUGCCCACCCCUCAAUAUACCUCUCCCAGCCCCCGCUCUUCUUCUUCGCCGCCCUCCGCCGCCAACUCAUCUCCUUCUUCAUCCUCGCUGCCGUUUUCUCCUACCUCUUCACAGGAGGCACGCCUUUCCUGAAAUUUAGCAUCAAGGAUUACGCUUACCGUUCCCUCUUCACGCUCGUAUAUCUCAAGUUGAGGAAUCCGAUCAGACCUUCAUGGGAAGAGUGGAGUUGGUCGAUACCCUCUAGUUUAUUCUACAAUGUGCCAUUGCCCGCGAUACAGGCGUGGAGCUUAGUAACGGUGUUUGCGGAUGGGUGGGGUACGGCGAUGCGAGGAAGUAAGGAGGUUGAAGGGGAGACAUCGUGGUGGAGAGAUACUAGGAAGAGAGUGGGGGAGGUUGGUUUUUUUGUGGUGUGGAUGGGUGUUGUUGGUGGGGUCUUGGGACGGUGGGUUUCGGGAUUGUGUGGGUUGGGUGGGUGGGAGCAAGUUAUUUGUGUUUUGGUGAGUGUGGGAGUGUCUUGGGUUGGACUUGGAUUUUGGAUGGUUACUAUGGAGUAGUCUUCGCUUUCCGAACUAAAAGUUAACAACGUGAAUCAGAAUGACGUCAUAUGUCAAUCAGUCUGGCAGCAGCUCAAUUGAGCUCACCGAAGUCGCAUUUUGAGUAUUACAGUCAAAUGGCAUUGGAAAAGUGUCAAUCGAUUGGAAAACACCCGUCCACGUGCAUGCAUUGAUAGAAGCACGUGACUUUUUAUUAUUCUGAACAUUCGAAGUCAAUAUCCAAUUGUGACGAUUGGAAGAAUACUGCAAAUUACAUUGAACAAUUCCACAAUAUACCGGAUUCUC